ACUUCUAAGAAACUGAGUGCAGAAAUACAGAAAGUUAGAGAGUAUGAGAAGUUCAGUUGGGUUGAGGCAAUGGUCUCAACUCAUCUAUGCAAUUGCAUUUUGCAUAAUUGCUAGCAGUGUUGCUGCUGAUGAUAAGCCUUACUAUGAAAGCCAACCACCAUAUGCCUAUAAGUUAUCACUACCUACAUAUAUCUACAACUCUCCUCCUCCACCAUCCCUCUCACCACCACCACCACCUCCAUCACCUUCACCUCCUCCUCCACCAUCUCCUUCACCACCACCAGCUCCAUCCCCUUCACCUCCUAUUCCACCAUCUCCCUCACCAUCCCCUCCUCCAUCACCACCACCUCCAUCCCCUUUAGGGGUGUUCAUGGUUCAUGAACUGAACUGAACCAAACCAUAUUUAUGGUUCAGUUCAGUUUGCAAAAACCAUUUCAAUAAAAAUACAAUUAAUUGUUAAA